CAAUUCUUCUAUUCUAAGUGAAUCAAAAUAAUACAGAAGAGGAACGAAGUGAAGAAUUACCUAACAUCAUGAAGUUACUCAUCAUCUGCACAGUUACUUUGGCCACACUUGUCACACGACUUGAUUCUACUUACAUCAAGAAGCACUACAAGCUACCACAUAAACACAGAUCAGAAUACAAUGAUUGCAACUGUUUAAAUGGAGGAACCUGCAUUACUUAUCACCUCUUUCAUCGAAUCAGUCGUUGCUUAUGCCCAGAUGGAUAUACUGGAAUUCACUGUGAAAUUGACACUGACAACACGUGCUACACUGACAAUGGUGAGAACUUCAGAGGAAUUGCAACAGAAAAGAACUGUCUGUUCUGGGACCUUCCCUCAGUUAUCAGGAGGGGUAGCUACCACACUGACCUGAAGAAUGCCUUGCAGCUUGGACUGGGCAAGCACAACUACUGCAGAAACCCCAAUGGAAGGAGCAGUCCCUGGUGUUACACAAAGAGAGGAUUCAGCAUUCAAGAAACACCUUGCAACAUAGAGCAGUGUCACACAGAAAGUGAGCCCACUUGCGGCCAGCGGAGCUUCAGCAAGUACUACAAGAUUGUUGGGGGAAACCAGGCAGAGGUUGAGUCUCAGCCAUGGAUAGCUGGCAUCUUCUUCCGAAACAGACAGGGCACCUACCAGUUUCUGUGUGGCGGCAGCCUCAUCGACCCUUGCUGGGUGCUCACGGCUGCGCACUGUUUCCGCGAUGGGUCAAAAGACAAAUCGGACUUCAAAGUCUUCCUUGGAAAGUCCAGACUGAAUGUUACUGAUAAUAAGGAGCAAGUGUUCAUGGUGGAUAACAUCAUCUCUCACCCUGACUUUACAGACGACACAGGUGGCAAUGAGAAUGAUAUUGCUUUGCUAAGAAUAAGGACAACUUCUGGACAAUGUGCAGUAGAAACCCAAUAUGUCAGAACAGUCUGCUUGCCAGAGAGGAACCUCUACCUACCAGACAACACCCAGUGUGAAAUUUCUGGCUAUGGAAAACAGGACUUUUUUGACAUUUACUACGCUCAAAGACUGAUGUCAGCCAAUGUGAACUUAAUACCACAGAGAAAAUGCACACAUGAAUACUAUGACAAUAUCAGAGUUACUGACAACAUGGUCUGUGCUGGAGAUUCUGCAUGGCAAAUUGAUUCAUGCAAGGGAGACUCCGGAGGCCCCAUGGUCUGUGAGCACAAUGGCAGGAUGACGCUUUACGGCAUCGUCAGCUGGGGUGAUGGCUGCGCCAAGGAGAACAAGCCCGGUGUCUACACCAGAGUCACUCGCUACCUCGACUGGAUCGACUCCAAAAUGAAUGCGGUACAUACCAAAAGUCGGCCUCUCCCUGAACCAAAAUGA